GGGGCGGUGGCUAGAGUAUGUUGGAUCUUCCUCGUUUAGUUGUUCUCUGUUGCUAGUCGAUCCUUUGGCAUUCGCAGAUUUCGGAGGUCUACCUGAGCUUUCAGUCUCUUCUAUUCUUCGUCUCUUUCAGCUUAUUUACACAUCGAUCAAUCUAAAUCGAUGGGAAAAGCUGAUGAAUGUUGUUCAACCCAACUAAUCGAUGGAGAUGGUACUUUUAAUGUGUCUGGGCUUGAGAGUUUCACGAAGGAGGCGAAUUUGCGUGAAUGUGGACUCUCCUAUGCUGUAGUAUCCAUCAUGGGUCCACAAAGUAGUGGGAAGAGCACACUUCUGAACCAUCUAUUUGGUACCAACUUUAGAGAGAUGGAUGCAUAUAGGGGAAGGUGUCAAACUACUAAAGGAAUUUGGUUGGCAAAAUGUACUGAUAUUGAACCUUGUACAGUUGUCAUGGAUUUGGAGGGUACUGAUGGAAGAGAAAGAGGCGAGGAUGAUACUGCAUUUGAAAAGCAGAGUGCCCUUUUUGCUCUUGCGGUUUCAGAUAUUGUUCUCAUAAAUAUGUGGUGUCAUGAUAUUGGCCGUGAACAUGCUGCCAAUAAGCCUCUUCUGAAGACUGUAUUCCAGGUUAUGAUGAGGUUAUUUAGUCCCCGCAAAACAACUUUGUUAUUUGUCAUCCGCGACAAGACCAAGACACCCCUGGAAAAUUUGGAACCAAUUCUGAGGGAAGACAUAAAAAAGAUAUGGGAUGCUGUUCCUAAACCAGAAGGCCACAAAGAAACACCACUUAGUGAAUUUUUUAAUGUUGAAGUUGUGGCUCUCUCUAGUUAUGAAGAAAAAGAAGAACAAUUUAAAGAACAGGUUGCCAGUUUAAGGCAGCGAUUCUUCCAUUCCAUAGCUCCUGGUGGACUUGCUGGAGAUCGACGGGGUGUAGUUCCUGCUUCAGGUUUUUCUUUCAGUGCACAACAGAUCUGGAAAGUUAUUAAGGAGAACAAGGACCUUGACCUUCCUGCGCACAAGGUUAUGGUUGCCACUGUACGUUGUGAGGAAAUUGCCAAUGAAAAAUUUGCCUGCUUAACUGCGAAUGAGGAAUGGUGUCAGCUGGAGAUGGCUGUGCAAUCUGGUCCAGUUCCAGGUUUUGGGAAGAAGCUCAGUCUAAUUGUGGACAAAUGUCUAUCGGAGUAUGAGGCAGAAACUAUUUAUUUUGAUGAAGCUGUCAGGACAGCAAAAUGGAAUCAGUUGGAAGCUAAAGUGCUGCAGCUAGUUCAACCCGCUUACCAAUCCAUGUUGGGUCACAUACGGUCACGAACUCUAGAAAAUUUCAAGGAAGCAUUUGACAAGGCUCUGAGCGGAGGGGAAGAAUUUGCUGUUGCUGCACGUCAUUGCACCAAGUCUUCCAUGACACAAUUUGAUGAAGGAUGUGCAGAUGUAGCGAUUAAGCAAGCAAAAUGGGAUCCAUCCAAAGUAGGGGAUAAGCUGCAGCGAGAUAUAGAUGCACAUGUUUCUCAAGUCCGUGCUGCUAAACUGGCUGAGCUUACUGCCCUAUAUGAGAGAAAAUUGAAUGUGGGGUUAGCAGAACCUGUGGAAGCUCUUCUUGAUGCAGCUGACAAUGAUACCUGGCCAGCAAUAAGGAAACUUCUUCAACGGGAGACUAAGGUUGCUGUUUCUGGGAUGUCUGCUGCACUUUCUGGCUUUGAUAUUGAUAAAGAAACAGUGAAUAAAAUGCUUACAAACCUAGAGGACUAUGCAAAAGGUGUUGUUGAAACGAAGGCAAGAGAAGAAGCUGGAAGGGUCUUGAUCCGUAUGAAGGACAGGUUUUCAACGCUGUUUAGCCGUGACUCCGACUCAAUGCCGAGGGUUUGGACUGGGAAGGAAGAUAUCCGAGCAAUCACAAAAACUGCUCGCUCUGCAUCCUUAAAGUUGCUCUCUGUUAUGGCUGUGGUUCGUUUGGAUGAAAGUGUUGAUAAUAUUGAGAAUACUCUCUCUCUUGCUCUGAUGGAUGGCUACAAUAGUGCCUCUACCAGUAAGAGCAUCACAUCAUUUGAUCCACUGGCUUCAAGCACAUGGGAAGAGGUUCCACCAACGAGAACUCUGAUUACUCCCGUCCAAUGUAAAAAUUUGUGGAGGCAAUUCAAGGUGGAGACAGAGUACAGUGUUACUCAAGCCAUUGCUGCUCAGGAAGCCAAUAAACGUAAUAACAAUUGGUUACCACCUCCAUGGGCAAUUGUUGCCAUGAUUGUUCUGGGAUUCAACGAAUUUAUGACGCUCUUAAGGAAUCCUUUAUAUCUUGGUGUCAUUUUUGUUGUUUUUUUACUGGUCAAGGCCCUGUGGGUCCAAUUGGACAUCUCCAGUGAAUUCCGCAAUGGUAUUCUUCCAGGGCUUCUAUCUUUGUCUACAAAGUUCCUACCAACUGUGAUGGACCUUCUCAAAAGGCUAGCCGAGGAAGGCCAAAAGCCAGCAGCUACGGAUGCCCACAGAAACCCUACCUCUGAAUCAAAGAGGUUGGGGAGUAGCAUGCAUGCCGGGAGCGAUUUGGCAUCAAGUGCUUCAUCUACCAUGACGUCUUCAGAGAAUGGUUCAGAGUAUUCAAGUACUUUGCAGCAAGACAAAGUGAAAUAAUCUAGGGCGGCAGUCUGCAUGGAGACCAUUGUUGUGGUCGCAUGAAAGAGCAACCUUCUUCCAUUAAAGAUGCUAUUGUUUCACAUGGUCAGUGGUUGGUUGCCGGAGGAACUACAUGCAUAUGCUCUUUUAACGGUGGUGUUAGAGAAAAAAGGGUUUGAAAGCUUAUUUUUUGUUUAAAGGCUUCAUACCAGGCAGGGGUCACGGUUUGAUGGGAUCAAAGGGCCCCCCAUUAUAGUUUUCAAUAUAUGGAUCUUUUUUCCUAUUCUCUGCAGAUUGUUGUACAAGCAUAUCGGAGAUAAAGUAGAAUUUAGAAUGCUCUAGUUAUAAUCUAGGCAUUUAUAGACUUGCUGUUUAGCGGUUUUCUUGUUUUGUGUAUUAUCAGAAUAGAUUGGGUAGAAAAAGGUUUUUUUUGGUGGAACUUGGAAGUAGCUAGUAGCCUAGUUUGAUUCUCUUUGAUAUUUGUAAUCGAGCGAUGUGAUUAUUAUUUGAUGAUCCUCUCUAGUCUCUAUUCUUACCAUAAUAGGGGGAAUAGAUGAUGUUUGAUCA